GCUCGGUGACGGCGAAGGAGCCGGCAGUUCGAGUGAAGGCCUGGUCCACACCGGAGCUGGUGCAGGCCGUCGAUAUCCGUCAGCCCGUGGAGAUCAGCUUGGAGGAGCAGGUGCGGGUGCUCCACGGCGUGCCCUUGUCGCCCAUCCUCGUAGGAGGCCAGCCAGACUUCGCAGGCUAUGGCCAGAACCCUCCAAGCGAAGGAGAUAGCUGGGAGCUUGACGUCACGGCCGAGCAGGGCGGAUAUGAGAUCUGUUUUGCGGGAGGUUGCAAUCCUCACCACGGAAUCUUAAGCGUGUACAUGGACGGCGCUCUCAUCGGCGAUGUGGAUCAAUACAGCCUGUUCAACAUCUGCCCGCAGGAGCACAUCCUUUACUGGGAAUGCCUGGCCGCUGGCCAGCACACCUUGACAGGAACGGUUCGCUGCAAACGCGCGGAGUCCCGCAACUACUGGAUCUGCUUGCGUGAAAUCACGCUUCGACCCAUCUCAAGUCGCCUUACCCUGGCGCUGCUCCUUCAGGCAGCCUGGCUCGGAGACCAGCUGGAAGUGAAGUGCACAGGCAUGGCAGGCAAUGACGUCGCCGUCUUCCUCUGUGAUACGGAUGCCACAGUCGGACAACUACGAAGAAAAGCCGUAGACACGCUCACGUAUGCAUGGCAGAUCGCCUUGACAUUGCCCCACAGCAUACUUCUGCGUGAGGAAGACGACCAAAGCCUCUUGGUGUCCGUCCUUGGAAUGGCAUCGGACAGUGGUUGA